CACACUCACUCACUCUCAAAUUCAAUUGUGGUUCGUGUUCUUCCAUAAUUCCAUAAUUACCCUUCUCUCUCUCUUAGGUCAUCUUUCACCCUCGCUCGCUCAAUCUCAUUCUCUCUUACUUCGUUUUCCUCUUUCCCUCUUUCACCACCGCCCACUAUUUCAACUCACUGUUUUGGAGUUUGCUGUUCGUGGUGGAUUACCGGUAUAGAAAAUCAUUCAAUCAUUUGAGAGCAGAGAACCACAUUAUAAUUCUUGCUUCUGUUGGGUGACAUAUUUGGGAAAGGUUUUAUGUACAAGAAAAGUUAUGAUUCGUUUGAUAGUGGCGUUGAAGGUUGCUUACGGAUGUAAGCUGUUCAUUAAUAGUGAACAGCCUGGUGUUUUGCUUCCUACUUGUGUAGUGUUCUGCUCAAUAAUUUCACCUUAUAUGCUAAUGGCUGCUGAUCAAAGAAGAAAGCGAUUAAAUGGUGCAAGCAUGGGUAGUUAUGGUUCUCAAGAGCAAUAUAGGACUAAAAGAAAGAAUUUUGGACCACCAGUGCAAAGUGAUUUAACCAUGAAAUCUCACAUUUCUGUUGAAUGGGAUGCUAAUCACCAAAGGGUUGUUGCCAAGCGGGAACAGGUUGGCAUUAGUUGGAGACAAAUGAGACCAUUUGCCAGAUUUGAUCACAAUGGACAUAAAGUCUUGGCAGACGUGUUUGCCCUGCCUGAAGAAAUUUUUGAUCUAGAUAGUUUAAGUGAAGUGCUUUCCUAUGAGGUUUGGAACACACAGCUUUUGGACAAUGAGAAAAAUUUUCUUAAGCAGUUUCUUCCUGGCGACUUAGAGCCAAAUCAAGUUGUCCAGGAAUUACUUUCUGGAGAUGACUUUCACUUUGGAAACCCUGUCUUAAAAUGGGGUACUUCACUUUGUUCGGGUGAACUUCAUCCAGAUAUGAUUGUUUACCAGGAGCAACAUCUAAAGUCUGAAAAAAGAGCAUACUUCUCGCAAUUACAUAAUUAUCAUAAGGAUAUGAUUGGAUUUCUAAGUAAGCUGAAGGAGAGCUGGGAGGCCUGCAAAGAUCCAGAAAAGGAAAUUCUACCGAAGAUUCUGAGGUCAAAGAAUGAUAUAGAGAAAAACAGACUGUCUAACUUGGAUGAAUUUAGAUACGAUGAUCAUGAUGGGAAUCUUACAGUGGCAUCUGGGUCAUAUUCCUGGGGUGCAGAGGAGAAAGCAUAUGAUGACAACCAAAUUUCUUCAAUGGGACAGGGCGAUGAACUUCGGAGAAGGGUGCAUGGCAAAGACUUCAAUAAAUGUAAACCAAGAAAUAUGAUGGCUUCUUCAGAUUUGAUGCUUAAUGUGGGUGGAAGACCAAAGAAAGGAGACAAACUACACAUGGAGAACUUUCCUGGUAGUGAUGGUGAGAAAUAUAUGUCAUAUAUCAAGAUUAGCAAGAAGCAGCAUGAGCUUGUUAAGAAUUUGAAGCUAUCAUGUAAAAAUAUCCCAGCUAGCACUCUUAACUGUGUUUUGGGUGACCUUAAUAACUUUCAUGUGCAACCGUACAAAUUAUUUAUCAAAGAAGAACAGAAGAACUUGCAUGAGCAUUGGUUACAAUUGGUAAAGAAACACCUCCCUGCAUCAUAUGCAAACUGGACAGAGAGACUGAUACAGAAACAUGCAAUGAGAAAUUCUUUGUUGCUUGAGAUGAAAGAUAGAUCAAAUAUAGAGGAUGAAGAUUUUUUGAGCACAAGAGUCCAGUCUCAGGACAAGGAGGACGGUGAUGUUAAUAACCAGUCUAGCUUGGAAGAUGAUGAAGAUUCUAUUGUUAGAGUCCCAGAGAACCCGUCCCUUCAUAACAAAGCUGGACUACAUUCAAGUAUUAUGAAAUGCCAGGAUAAUCCCAUCAGUGAAGGAGCCCCUUUAUCGUCUAAUGAAGAGUCUAUUGCUAGAUUCCAAGAUAACCCGUCUCUCCAUAAUUCUUAUCACAGUGGCGAUGACCAGCUCCACCACUCACAUGUAGAUUUGGAAAAAGGUAUUUUAUCACAAGGAGAUGAUGCUUCACAUAACAAAACUGAGCAUUCAAGGAUUAUGAACUCUCAGGAUGAUCCCAUCGGUGAAGGAGCUCUUUUCUCGUUUAAUGAGGAUUCUGUUGCUAGAUUCCCAGAGAAUCCAUCCGUCAAUAAAUCUUAUCAUAGUGGUGAUGAGAAGCUCCACCACUUGCAUAUAGAUUUGGAUAAAAAUACUUUAUCAAACGGAGAUGAUGCUUCACAGAACCAAACUGCACAUUCAAGGAACUCUCGGGAUGAUUCCAUUGGUGAAGGAUCGUCUGAUGGUCAUGCCUGGCAAGCAGCUGAAAUGUCACAUUCUUACUAUGAUUUACCUGUGACCCACAAUUACACAGCGGAUGGGUUAUCUCUUGUAAGUUCACAAAUUAACCAAGAUAAACAAAUCCAAAUGAUUAGUCCAGAAUCUAAUUUGCAUCAAGAAGGCACUGGCAAGGAGUUGUUACAAAGGCAGUCAGAUGAUGGUCCCUUCAGUUCUUACCGAAGCCAGGAUCAAAUUGGCUUGAUUCAGUCUUUCAUCAAUGAUAAAGGGGUUAACUCCUUUCACUAUGAACAAAAAAGAGCUAGGUUAAAUUUCCUGGCUGAACAAAAAAGAGCUGGGUUAAAUUUCCAGGCUUCAAACGAUGUUCAGGUGGGGGCUGGCCAAUUUUCUAGUCAUUUUAAGGAGUCAUUGCAAACAUCUCUGACAUUGGACCAAGGUCACAGGCAAACUGGUAAGGUUUUUGUGCCAGAAAAUAUAUCAGGUAAUAUUUACUCUGAUGCAGGAAGAUACUUAAACACCGGGCAAUAUCCAUUAUCCGCAGGAAAUAUUACUGAUUGGGCUGUUGGUGCCCCUCACAUGGUAGCACCUUCUCAAUCUCAUGUUAAUACAGCAGGAAAUAUUCCUGAUUGGGACGUUAGUGCCCCUCGCAUGGUAGCACCUUCUCAAUCUCAUGUUAAUACCGCAGGAAAUAUUCUUGAUUGGGAUGUUAGUGCCCCUCGCAUGGUAGCACCUUCUCAACCUCAUGUUAAUAAUUUCAUUGGUCAGCCUUGGCUUCCUUCAGUCCAUCAAGUUCAGGGUACCUGGAAUGGAUCUGGCAAUGGGAGUCUAUCUAGUCAGAUUCUUAGCACCGGAGGGAACUCCGAUCAAGGCUUAUUUAGUGUUCUAUCUCAGUGUAACCAAUUACAUUCAGGUAGCCCUUAUGAGUCAAUCAGACACACGGACCAGUUCCUUUCGCCCAGAACCUAUGGAGUAAUAGAUGCUGGUACACAUAGGAUCAAUGCUGUUGUACCACCAUCUUCUCAUCCGCUAGAUUAUUUCAGUGGACGUGAUGCACCUGGUGCUCUGUUGCCUGAUGAUAUAACAUGGAUGAACUUGCCUCCUCAGAAUCCUGCUUUAAACGAUCAAAUUGGAAAAUCGUACUUGAGGUCAUGGAACCGGUAAAAUCUUUCACCUAAUUAGCACAGUUAGUUUUGUGACAGUAGCAAGAUUCACAUAAGGGAUAAAUAUCCUGAUAUGAGAUGAGAGAUAGGUUUAUGUAAAUAAGUAUACCAUGGUCAACUCAACACCAUGUACAUAUCUCUAGAUGUUAGAUGUGCUGGAAAGAGAAAGCAGGGGUGUAGGAAAGUUAGAUAAUCUUUUCAUUCUUAAUUUUGUUUUUUAUCAUGCGUUACUAGAGAGAGAUUCUUUAAUACUUUUGAAAGGUAUCUAAUGCUGAAAGCAGGUUCCUCUUUUUGAGCUA